UACUCCUUCAACCGCUCCAUAACUUUACCACAUUCACACCCAUUUCCUACUUCCAUUGAUUUUUUCUGCUUUUCUCAUCUGGGUCUUGUCUUUAAUUUUGUUAAAAAAUGGUGCGUUGUAGCAACAAUUUAGUCGGAAUUCUAAACAUAGUAACAUUUCUAAUAUCAAUCCCAAUUAUAGCAGGAGGAAUAUGGCUCUCACGUCAAGCAAACACAGAGUGCGAAAGAUUUCUCGAAAAACCCAUAAUAGCACUCGGAGUUUUUAUACUCUUAGUUUCAUUAGCCGGUAUAAUCGGUUCUUGUUGUAGGGUUUCGUGGUUACUUUGGGUUUAUCUACUCGUUAUGUUUUUGUUGAUUUUGUUGCUUUUCUGCUUUACGAUAUUUGCGUUUGUUGUUACUAAUAAAGGUGCUGGUGAAGUGGUUUCGGGUAAAGGGUAUAAGGAGUAUAGAUUUGGGGAUUAUUCUAAUUGGUUGCAGAAAAGAGUUGAUAAUCAUUGGAGUAGGAUUCAUAGUUGUUUGCAAGAUAGUAAGAUUUGUCAAAGUUUGAUUGAGGGAUCGAAUACUAAAGCUGAUGAUUUUUUCAAGAAACAUCUUUCUGCUCUUCAGUCUGGUUGCUGCAAGCCCUCAAACGACUGCAACUUCGAGUACGUGAGCCCAACAAACUGGACUAGGACACCAAGCUCAUCCCUUAAUAAUCCUGACUGUACUACAUGGAGCAACGAUCCGAAAAUCUUGUGCUAUGGCUGCCAAUCCUGCAAAGCCGGGCUACUAGACAACCUCAAGAGUGACUGGAAAAGGGUGGCUGUACUCAACAUCAUUUUCCUCGUCUUCCUCAUCGUCGUCUACUCUAUCGGAUGUUGUGCUUUCAGGAACAACAGAGAGGACAACGCUUGGAAGCGUUACCCUUGAUCCGUCCUGAGGAAUGCACUUUCGCUAAGUUCUAUUGAUUUCUGUCGUGUAUUAUAUAGAACUAUAGGUCGUUUAGUAUGAAUCUAUGAUCUUUCUUGUGCAGAGUAUUUCUUUUGCUAGGCAAUUACUCUGGAUUUGGAUAUAUGUGAAUUCCUAUUAUUCCAUAGAAUUCUUAUGUUUAGAAGUGAUAUGCUGACUGUUGGUUUUGGAUGUAGAGUUUGAUCUCUUCUUGAUUAUGAGUAUGUGAAUUCUUGAUUUGUCUUGCUCUUGGA